CUCGUCCCUUGUGAAACCCAAAGCGCCAAGGCGGGGGGCGGCCCUGAGGCGCCCGGGGAGAGCUGAGCGGCGCCUGCUGCCUCGGGUGUGGCGCUCCUGGAUGAUUCCUCUCCAGAACUUAUUUCUGAAUGGAAGGAUGCUCUUUUCUGAUAGAAGAUGGUGAUCCUAAUGUAUGAUCAUGGAAAAGGGGAUAAGUUCAGUAGAAGUGUUACCUUCCAAAUCGUCUCAGGUUACAGCUGUGAAAGUGGUGGUCAAAGAGCCUGAAACAAAGCAAACCCAAAGAGGGAAACGAGUGGGAUUUGUACUUGUCCAUGCAGGUGCAGGUUAUCAUUCCGAAUCCAAAGCUAAGGAAUACAAGCAUGUGUGCAAAAGAGCCUGUCAGAAGGCAAUUGAAAAGCUACAGGCUGGUGCUCUUGCAACAGAUGCGGUGACUGCAGCACUUAUAGAAUUAGAGGAUUCUCCUUUUACAAAUGCAGGAUUGGGGUCUAACCUAAACCUUCUGGGUGAGAUAGAAUGUGAUGCCAGCAUAAUGGAUGGAAAGUCAUUAAAUUUUGGAGCAGUUGGAGCAUUGAGUGGAAUCAAGAAUCCAGUUUCAGUUGCAAAUAGAUUGUUGUGUGAAGGGCAGAAGGGAAAACUCUCUGCUGGCAGAAUUCCGCCUUGCUUUUUAGUUGGUGAAGGAGCUUACAGAUGGGCAGUUGAUCACGGGAUACCAGCAUGUCCUCCAGGUAUCAUGGCUACAAGGUUUAGUUUAGCAGCUUUUAAGAGGAACAAGAGGAAGCUGGAGUUGGCUGAGAAGGUGGAAACGGAUCUCAUUCAGUUAAAGAAAAGAAGACAAUCAAAUGAAAAGGUGAUUGACUCAGGAACAUUGGAUACAGUUGGUGCAGUUGUUGUUGACCAAGAAGGAAAUGUAGCUGCUGCUGUCUCCAGUGGAGGUUUAGCACUAAAGCAUCCUGGAAGAGUUGGUCAGGCAGCUCUUUAUGGUUGUGGCUGCUGGGCUGAAAAUACAGGAGCUCAUUCACCUUACUCCACUGCUGUGAGUACUUCAGGUUGUGGAGAGCACCUUGUCCGAACCAUACUGGCCAGAGAAUGUUCAUGUGCUUUGCAAACGGAAGAUGCCCACCAAGCUCUCCUAGAGACUAUGCAAAACAAGUUUAUUGGUUCACCUUUUCUAGCCAAUGAAGAUGGUGUACUCGGAGGUGUGAUAGUUCUUCGAUCUUGCAGGUAUUCAUCAGAGCCUGAAUCAUCACAGGAAAAGCGAACCCUACUAGUGGAAUUUCUGUGGAGCCACACAACAGAGAGCAUGUGUGUAGGAUAUAUGUCUGCCCAGGAUGGCAAAGCUAAGGUUGCUUCAGAAUCUUUGUCUAUACUAGACAUGGAAUAAAACUCACAUUUCAAGACUUCCUCCUGGAGCUGUGGCAGGGCAGUCCGUGGCAAUAGAAGGAGGAGUUUGCCGGCUGGAGAGCCCAGAAAGCUGAGCAGCUGAUUCCUCACUUUGUUGCAAAGAAUGUGAAUGACUUUUUGUACAAUAAGUAUUUUGUGUUUUAACAGAUGUUGGAAAUUCUACUCUUGUUUUAUACCCCGUAUUGCAACCAUGUGCACCAUAACUUGAGACAAGUGCUGCUGUAGUUUAUGUUCUCACUCUGUGAAUGGGAGUGUGUGCAUGUUCAUUUUUUCCCUAAUAAAAUACGAACUCUUCCCAGUUGUGCAAAGAUUAUGUAUGAUUAAUGAUUGCAUUUUCAUUGUUUUAUGUUUGAAAAAUAACCGAAAGUUCAAGAAACUAUUAAUUUAAAGAUACAGUCACAAUUGUCAUUCUUGUUCUAAAUUUAAAAGUAGCAGGCCUUUGAAGUGGCUAUGUAAUUAUGCAAAAAUGUUUAUGGUUUCUAAGUAUCUUGGUGGUUUAAGGAAAUCCAGUGGUGGUUUUUUCCUCUCCAAUAAGGAGGAAUUUUUUUUGUCAAAGAAUGGUUUCAGUGAAACAAACUAGAGCAAAAUUAAGGGUAGAAUUUUUUUAAAUAGUCUUACAGGUCAUAUCUCUGUUCCCGAGCUAAGAUGUUAAUAGCUUCAAGCUGUAUGUAUUACUAAAAGCUAUAUGAAGAUAAUGUAUCGUAAUGCAGUCUUUAUGUAUAAUGGAAUAUUACAAUGUAAAUAAGAAAGCAAAGUUUAUGGAAAGAUUCGAUAUUAUUCUUCACUUCUGUUUUAAAUCUAUUUUUGAGAGGUACAGAAAUUGAACAUAUUACUGGAUGCAAAGUGCAAUGUGUAUUAAAUGGAUGUUGGGAGGUCUGAAACUAGCUUUCUUCUUGAUAAAGGAAGUUCCUAAAGUCCAGCCACAGCAUGGGUAUUUAUAUAACUGUGUGUAAUAUGUAUGUACUGUGCAUAAAUUUACUGUAAUUCUUUUUAUACCUUCAGCAAAAUUGCAUUAUAAAACAAUGUAAUCCUUGUCUGCCUUGUGAAGCACUGGCAGCUGAACUGACGUUUUUCACCAGUUCUAAUACAUUAGCCAGACCGCCUGAGUCCUAAAAGUGAGUUCUGACAUGCAAUCUUCCAUUCAGUACUUAUUUCUUCACAGCACUGGCAGCAAUAGAAGACUUUUAUAAUUAAUUCAUUGUCCCGAUAAAUAUGCCAAAGAGAAACUAAAAUAGUUCAACUUUUUCCCUGGUGGAUAUUUGAUAAUUCUGUUUUCAGAAGUGGUGGAUGAAUAGAUAUUCAGACUGUAUUUGCUUAAUCGGGCAUUGUACUCGCCUGUUUUGUAAUAUUGUGCCUGCCUAUAACAGACAUACUUGACUGAUUAAAUGGUUACAUUGAUUGUAGUACCAAUCUUUCAUGGAAAAAAAAAUCUUAAUAAAUUUUUUUUUAAUAGUCUGAGUUAAUUUUCACUGUUAUGUUGCAGCAUACGUUGAGAUACAGUCAUCUUUGUGUGUUUUUUUAAUUAUGACAUCACUGUAGUCCUAUAGCUGAACAUAUUGCUAUGCAGUUCUGUAAAUAAUAUGAAACGGGGACUUUCUAGGUUGCAGAAGCAAAAGGGUGGAAUACAUCUGUCUUGAAAUAAUCUGUGGUGUUAAUAAUAAUCCAGACUGGAUCCUCACUGAUGUACUCAUGGUUUGAUGAAAUGAAGAACUAGACUCCGUUGUUUCGGAAGUGUUGCAACAACUAAGUUGUGUGGUCACAGCCAUUAAAGUUGCUCUAACAUGCAGCAUUAAAUAACUGUGUGGGCACUUCACUGUGUGGUGAGUGAAAAAUUCAAGAUCAUGCGUUUCUACAUACCCACAUUCAAAAAUGGUGUUGUUUUUGGAAAAGCUGAAGUACCGGUGUUAGCCUGCUUUCCUUCUGAAAGUGCUUUUCAGUGUUGACUUCAUAGAAACUUUGGCAUAAAUGCACUCUUCCAUAGAAUAAGCAUGACGGAAUGGCUUGUAAAAUGUAAAUUGAUAAAUUGCUUCUUCCCCUUACUUGCUUAAUAUCUCUUUAUGGAGAUUCGGAUUCCAGUGGGUGAUAUUUUUCCCCACACUAUCUUAAAACUUUCUUUCUGUGGGUAUAUAUGUACAUAUGACUAGAAUUAUAAAUCAAACAGCAGAUAAUAUGUUUUGCUUUUACUUUGUUUUUGUGUCUAUAUAAUACAUUGACCAAUCAUAUAUUCAUUUUCAAAAAGCCAGGCUUCUUCACCAAGCUACUUGGGUAUCAUUGUUUGAAACUGAGCAUUGUGCCUUUUCGUUGUCCAACUUUUCCUCCCUCUGUCUAGGUAGAGGAAAAAGGAAAGAAAGGAUUCUCUUGUCUAGAGAACCACAGGCAAGGUGCAGAGCACUAACCGGGUUACAGAGCUGACUUUCUGCUGAAGGUACUUAUGAGAAGAAAACUGUUAGCGCAUAUGGAUGUCUGUAUCAGUAAUUGUGCAGACUGGCAGAAACGGAAUUUCCUAUCAUCCAACUCCCACUCAAGCCAAUGGAAGAUCUU